AUGGAGGAUAAGGCAUCAAGGAGUGCAUCAAGACCCCCCAUAUACCCUAAAUUUAAUUCCUCCACCCCCCUCCCCACCUUUACGAUGAUGUUCCCAUCAACGUUAGCGGAGGCAUUCGAAAACUCUUCUCAUGGAGCUGGGGCUGGGGCUGGCCAAAAUGGCAAAAGUGUUGCUAUUUCUCCUGAACAUAGGGUUGAUCUUAACGCACCGCCUUCCCCUCAUGUCACCCUUGAUGCUGAGGAGGAGGAAACGGACAAAAAUCAGAUAGAGAACACUCCUCCAUCUACCAGUAAAAAAUGUCAAAUCAAUCAGGAUGAAGAAGAAGAAGAAUUUUCCCAUAAGGCUAAGCGUAUAAUGACACUUGAUGAAGCCAUUCAAUUUGAAAAAAAUGAUCGUGACCUGUCCCUCGAAGAUGAAAGGAAGCUCAGAAGGACUGUAUCAAACAGGCUUUCCGCCCAGAGAUCUCGACAGAAGAGGGCUCAGUACAUUGAUGAAUUGCUUAAAAAGAUUAAAGAUUUACAGGUAGCUAACUAG